AUGAACAGCACUAUAACCACCAACGAUCAGGCUGCACCGUCAGAGAGACCGGCACUGUUGCCAAGUGCAGCCGAACCUACGAUCAUCACCUCGCACCUACCGCCAAUCAAGUCGUUGCGGCCUCCUAAUGGUACCAAUGAUCGAGGGCGCUCGCCGUUCCGACGCCGUAAGAGCAACGCUCAAUCGACAGAUUCACACCGCCCUCCUCUCUACACCGGCAGAGGUCUGCCCAACUCCAACACGUUGCAGACAUUCCUAAGUGUCACCGACACCCCCUUCUCCCACCACCGUGAUCAACACCCCAGUCACGCUGAUGCGCCAGCACGCCAUGACAGUCACACCCAGCCUCUAAAGGUAGGCCACGCUUGGAGGGUCCGCAAGACUCCCAUCUUUUCAGGUCUUCUCGCUCCUUUCUCGAUCGUACUCGAAGUUCCCGGGCUGACAUCGAAAUGGUACGCCAAGAUCGAUCAAAACGGUAUCGUCGAGCGCUUUAUCGACAAUCCGACCAUCCUCACUGUUGGACUCGCCAUCUCGCUCAGUGCUGCCGUCGUGGGCAACCUCGCCAUCGUUCUUCGAUUUCUUGAGGUGCUUCGACCGCGCCAGAGCAUCGCAUUGGCUAUCGCCGGGUUCGUGCUGCACGACUUGAUCAACGUGGUAGCGCUCGCCACUUUUGGUGGCAUCUAUGGACCUAAGAAGGACGGUCUCAGCCUCAGCGCAUCUUAUUGGAUGGUGUGCGCUUCCACCAUUACCUCGACGCUCGUCACCAUCAGCCUGGUCGCCGACUAUGUGCGCACAAAGGACUUUCGACACGCCGGUUCCGGUCUCACUCAACUGCAAAAGGGUCUCGUGCUGGCAGGCAUGGGCCUGCUGCUGUACCUCUCGCUCGGCUCGCUCAUCUUUGUGUUUGUCAUCGAGAUCGACUUCAUCACGGCACUCUACUUUUCGUGCGCGACCAUUCUGACGGUCGGGUUCGGCGAUGUCGUUCCGGCAAGUCCAGGUGGAAAGGUGCUCUUGAUCCUGUACGCACCCCUCGGUAUCGUUUUGGUGGCCAUCGUCGUGUCGGCUGCCAGGAACGCCAUCCUCGAGACGUUCCAGGCGACACUGAUGGCGAGAACAAAGGAGCGACGAAGACGAAUCGCGGAGCGGAGAGCCGCGCAAAAGGAGCACAAGCGCCAGGAUCGUGCUUUGAAGAAGAUCAUGCCUCGCACCUUUACAUUUGGCCCCAGUACGAUGGACAAUGUUGUUAGUAGCGAUGGCAACGACUUUGCUGAGGCGCUCGCGAAAAUGGAACAGCAAGCCACCACCGCAGCCAAUGGUUCGCCGACCGAAGCAACAGCCGACAGGGCUACAUCCUCUGUCGAAACAGCCGCAGCAUCCUCCUCGGACAACGCCGAGAAUGACGGCGACACGGAUGCGGCUGCCGAAAAGUCGAGUCUAGCCACCGCAGGCGACCCUGCACUACAGCGCGAGAUCAGCGCGCUGCAACAGCAUCUCUUGAUGGCCAAGCAACGAACCGAAGAAGAUUUCCGUCAGUACGAGGAGCACGCGCGUCAAGAAGCCAUCGUUGCCGCAAGGAUGAAGUUGCUUCUAGCCGCAUCCGUCACAAUCGCCUUUUGGCUGCUGGGCGCUGUCGCCUUCACGUAUGCCGAGAAGUGGAGUUACGGCGGAGCUAUGUGGUUCUGUUUCAUCGCCAUGAUCACGAUUGGUUACGGAGACUACCAUCCGGCUACGCAGUUGGGAAGGGCGAUUUUUGUGAUUUGGGGUUUGAUGGGUGUAGCUGUGCUGACCAUCUUGCUGGCGGUUGUGCAGGAUGCGUUUGGCAGCAUCUUUCACAGGGUGUUGACGCAGUCGACCUCGAGGUUGUUCGAUAGGGCCGAGGCGAGGGCGAGGAAGAGGAGGCGGAAGAAGCAAAAGGAGGACGAGGAGAAAAGGAGGGAGGAGGAGGACGAAGAGAAGGAUGUUGGAGCUAGCUCGACCGUGGUAGGAGGAGGCAAGCGGAGUUCGAGUCAAGCACGGAGGAGGCGGAGGAGGAGUCGACCUCGGCAACCACAAAGGAAGAGCGAGGGCGAUGUCCAUCAACUGCGCGGCUGGGACAGCAAAGCUGCUGCGGUCCCGGAAAGAAGGAGCAUGGAAGCGUGUCUCGAAGGAAUGCGUCGCAGCGGAUCGCCCGAGCCGCUGGAAGAAUCAGAACCCGCGCACGGAUCAGACUUUCCAGCCCUACACGACGACGACGACAUCACCAAUAAACACCUGCACCACGACGGGCAACAGCUUACCCUACCACCCAAUGCAGCAGCCCGCAUGGAAGACACGUUGGUCAACACGCCUCAAAAGCUCGCGCUCGCUGCGCUGCAAACCUUCCAGCAUUCGGUGCGUGUGCUUCAUCUGCACGAACAGCUCAUCUCUCAAGCAAUGAAGGACGUCCCCGCCCUGCGACACUACUACAACUCUCGACAGGCAUCUUCUUCUGCCAAUUCUCCGUCAUCCAGCACCGAUACGCAGCCGCAUCGACCAGGCGCGGAACUGACUCCGGAGGAAGCGCUUGAAAACCUGCACGCGGCGAUCCGACAGACCGCCAAUGCCGAGUACGAAAAGGUGGCUAAACUCGUCGUCGCGAAUCUGGAGUUUGAGCAUCAUCUGCGAGUUCUGCUGGAUGGGUUCCAGGGUCUGAAGGAUCGAGUCGAGGGGUAUAAACAGGUCCAGCUGCAGAGAAGUAGGACGCUGUCAAUGAGCGACCGGUCGACGUAG